AUGGCUGAGCAGAGAGAAAACGCAUUUCAAAAGCAAGAAGUGAAAGGAAAGAACGGCGGAAGGUAUUACAAGAGCAUAGGCCUUGGCUACAAAACUCCAAAAGAGGCUAUAUUCGGUAAUUACAUUGACAAGAAGUGUCCCUUCACUGGAAAUGUACGUAUCCGUGGUCGAAUCCUCACAGGUGUUGUGCGUAAAACUAAGAUGAACCGGACUAUUGUUAUUCGUCGUGAUUACCUUAAGUACGUGAAAAAGUACAACCGAUAUGAGAAGCGACAUAAGAAUAUGUCUGUACAUAUAUCUCCUUGCUUCAGAGAUGUGGAUAUUGGAGAUGUCGUAACUGUUGGUGAGUGUAGACCCCUGAGUAAAACAGUAUCGUUCAAUGUCAUCAAAGUUUCGAAAGCCGCUAGUUCAAAGUACAAAAAGGCAUUCCAAAAGUUUUAA